CAACCCCGCCAUCUCAUCCGCCAGCAAUCAUGGCUUCAGAAACAAAGAUCCUGCCCAAAGAGGGCGAGCGAAAUAUUCUAGUUACAAGUGCUUUGCCAUAUGUGAACAAUGUGCCUCAUCUAGGUAACAUCGUCGGCUCCGUUCUUAGUGCCGAUGUCUUCGCUAGAUAUCACAAGGCUUGCGGACGGCAGACGCUCUACAUCUGUGGAACGGAUGAGUAUGGCACAGCAACGGAGACCAAGGCGUUGGAGGAGAAGGUGACGCCAGAGGAGCUCUGCGCCAAAUACAACAAGAUCCACCAGGAAGUGUAUGAAUGGUUUGAGAUUGGCUUCGAUCACUUUGGCCGCACUCCAACGCAGAAGCACACCGAAAUCUCGCAGAGCAUCUUCAAGAAACUCCAUGAAAAUGGAUAUCUUGCGGAGAAGACGGCGGAACAGCCGUUCUGUGAAACUCAUGGAUCUUUCCUGGCAGACCGUUACGUGGAGGGAGAGUGCCCACGAUGUGGCUACGACGAUGCCCGCGGAGACCAGUGCGACAAGUGUGGCCACCUCCUUGAUCCCUUUGACCUCAAAAACCCUCGCUGUAAACUCGACGGCGCGACUCCCGUCCGUCGGCCGACGAAACACAUCCAUCUCCUCCUUGACAAGUUGCAGCCAGAAAUCGAGAAGUGGGUGCACCCGACAAUUGAGAAGGGCAGCUGGCCCAAGAACUCGAGAGUCAUCACCGAAUCGUGGUUGAAGGAAGGUCUGAAGGACCGUGGCAUCACGAGAGAUCUGAAGUGGGGUGUCCCCGUUCCUCUCGAAGGACUUGAGAACAAGGUGCUGUAUGUGUGGUUUGAGGCCUGCAUUGGAUAUCCCUCCAUAACUGCCAAUUACACCCCAGACUGGGAACUCUGGUGGCGGAACCCGGAGAAUGUUCAGCUAUACCAGUUCCUGGGCAAGGACAAUGUGCCAUUCCACAGUGUCAUCUUCCCUGGUUCCCAGCUCGGCACUAAGGAAAAAUGGACUAUGCUUCACCACCUGAGCACCACCGAAUACCUGAACUAUGAAGGGGGCAAAUUCAGUAAAUCCAGAGGAAUUGGUGUCUUUGGCAAUAACGCCAAGCAGACUGGUGUGCACCCUGAUGUGUGGCGAUACUACCUUUUGAAGAACCGCCCUGAGACUGGAGACACCCAGUUCGAAUGGCGUUCGUUUGUGGACAGCAACAAUAGCGAAUUGCUGGCCAAGUUGGGCAACCUGGUCAACCGCGUGAUCAAACUCGUUGCGGCCUCGUACAGCUCCACCAUCCCCGAGUUCACUGUCCCCGACAGCUUCAACCCGACUUUAGAUGAAGUCACUGGAUUCCUUCGCCAGUACAUCGAGGAGAUGGAGGGUGCCAACCUCCGUGCCGGUGUGCAUACCGCGAUGAAAAUUGCUGAGGCCGGAAACGGUCUGAUCCAGGCCAACCGACUGGACAAUUCGCUCAUCGCUAACGAGCCCGAGCGCGCCGCGGCGGUCGUAGGAACCGUUCUCAAUCUCAUUUACCUCCUUUCCAGCGUUUUCGCGCCUUACCUCCCCGCGACCUCUAAGUCGAUCAUCGAGCAGCUUGAUGCGCCGUUUGCUUACAUUCCGUCGUUGGAAGACAUAAAAGACGGCUGGAAGCCCAUAGCUCUGAAAGCUGGUCACAAGGUCGGUAAGGCCAAGUAUCUCUUCUCGCGUAUCGACUCGAAGAAGGCCGACGAAUGGCGUGACAUGUUCGGUGGCUCGCAGGCUGAGAGACAGAAGAAGGAGGAAGAAGCGGCCAAGAUCGCGGCCAAGAAGGCGGCCAACAAGGCAAAGAAGAAGGACAAAAAGACCAAGCAACCCACCGGCGUGGAGGCUUCAGCCAAGGGUGGUGCAGAAGCAACCACCACCACGACCGAGGGUAAGAAUGAUGAGGCGAUUGAAAAGAUCGCGGAUGGUGUUUCCCAAGUCACUAUCCCAACAUCGUGA